AUUUAAAUUUUUUGAGAUUGUAUAAUAACGAAUAGUAAUAAAAUAAUUUAUAAGAAUAAAUGAUAAUAUAUUUUGAUAACGUAAGUCUUCUUUACAUAUAUUAUGAUUUCUCUCUUCACAAUUGGAAAGUGCAUUUUCUAGAUCUUCCUCCAGAAACUCAUUUUCUCCCAAAAAAGAUAUCUUCUUUCUACAAUUUUAAUAGUAAUUUUUCUCCAAAGAGAUAUUUGUAUACAGCACCUUUUUCUUCUAAUUUUACGCUAUUUAUCUGUUCAUGAUAAAACUCACAAAUUAUCUUAAUCAAACUUUCAAUGAUUUUCAGUGACUUUUCAGUGAUCACUUGGCAAUCGUAUUAUUAAAUGAGAAGCAUUUAAUAAAGAUUGUAUAUAAUUUAUGUGUGAAAAUGUGUGAACCAAACUCAACUACUAAUAAAAAUGAGGUCCAAGCAUCAAGAUUUAAAAAUAUCAAGGAUAAUAUCUUAUUAGGACCAGAAUAUCCAAUACAUAAAGAAUCUGUCAACAUUGCUGAAACAAUUUUAAAAACCUUAAAAAGCAAGCCUGAUUUUAUCGGCCAGAUAGAUGCUCUUACGGAUAAAAAAAACACAUAUGCCGAAAUGAGUGAACGUAGUAUUAAAUGUGCACUUUGGCUGAAAAAACAAGGCGUGAAAGCAGGUGACAUAAUUGGUCUAUGUACUGAUAAUAAUUUAGAUGCGAUUAUGGUAUUGUUGGGCGUUAUGUAUCUAAACGGAAAAUGCAAUACGUGGGAUCAUGAACUGUCUUUAAUAACGGCACGAUACUUUCUCUCUCUGACAUCACCAAAAAUCAUUUUUACGAUCCCGUUAUCAGCUGGAAAUUUAACAGAAGCAGCAAAGGAACUAAAAAUGGAUGUAAAAAUAGUGGUUCUUGGCAAGCUAGAUGGAUAUGAAUCAUUAGAUGAUAUUUUAAGGGGUCACAAUAGUCGCGAGAUUGCCGAAUUUACCUGUACUCCGAUCAGCAAUCCGGAUGAAGUUUGUCUUAUUGUUCUUUCUUCAGGUACUACGGGUAUGCCAAAAGCUACUGAACUCUCGCAUUUCUUUAUGCACAAUCGUCUGUUUCCUGCAAAAGUUGAUGAAAUGAACGGGCACAUUUGCUUAUUUACACCAACACUACGUUGGCUCUAUGGCAUUAUGCUCGCUUUUAACGCUAUUUUGGAAUAUUUCACCAGAAUUGUUGCACCUGACUGUGUCACAGACGACGCUGAAGAUGCAUGUACUAAAUAUUGCAGUUUUAUCAAGAAAUAUCGAGUAACGAUUUUUGCUACCGAUCCAUUCAUUCUAAUCCAGUUCGUAAAAACAGAUGUGUUAGAGAAAUAUCAAUUGCCGACAUUAAAAGUUAUUAUUAGCGCCGGUGCUGUCUUCUCGAAGCAACAGCAAGAAGCAUUAACAAAAAAAAUUCCACAUGUUUUAAUUUUUAACGAUUAUGGAUCUACCGAUUCAGGAGGUCCAAUUGCUGGCCAAAAUAAAUAUAGUAAACCCGGAUCUGUUGGUUUUCCUGCGCAUAAUGUCCAAAUAAAAAUAACAGAUACAAAAACUGAAAGUGUCUUGGAGGUUAACAAAAUUGGAGAAAUACGUAUUAAAGCGCCCUUCGUAAUGAUUGGCUACUAUAAGAAUCCUGAAGCAACUAAAAAAACUUUCGAUUCAGACGGUUGGUUAUGCACUGGCGAUUUGGGAUACUAUGACAAUGAUGGAGAACUCUUCGUUGUUGGUCGAAUAUCAGAUUUCAUUCUUUUUAGAUCAAUCAAUGUUUCGCCUACGGAAAUUGAAACUGUUUUACAGAAUCAUCCCGCGGUAUUCGAAGCGGCGGUAAUAGGAAUGCCUCAUGAAAUCGAUGGGCAACGUCCUAUGGCUGUUGUUUCUGUGGUGCCAGGUAAAACGGUAACAGAACAAGAACUUAUCGAAUUCGUAGAAAAAAGUUUGCCCGAUCAUUGCAGACUCCGGGCUGGUGUCAAGUUUAUAGAUAAACUUCCGCGUACACUUACCGGAAAAAUCGUGAAAAAACAGUUACAAAGUAUAUUUACAAAUUAUUAUAAAUUGUCCUGAAUUAUAUUAUUAAAAUGCUAUAAAUAUAAAUACAUAAAUCAUAUGUACGUAAAUACAAUAAAACGCAAAAAAUUAAAAAGGCAACGUUUUAUUUAAACAUUUUUCUUUUUUCUGCUAUAAGACUAAUUUAUCCCGUACAAUCUCGGUUGUUUUUUUACCACAAGAAAACAUCUUUUUAUCUUUAAUGUUUUCACUUAUCGAACAUGAUGAUACUCAUACAUUAAAAUUUAUGAAAAAUAAUCAGGUAUAUUAAAUAUAUCAGAUACCUUUGUGUUUACAAUUUUCAAUCUAUUUUAAGAUAUUUUAUUGUCAGAUAUUCAUAGAAUUCUGCAGGAUUAUCAUUACUUGCAUCAUUACUCAAUAUCACGUAUUGUCUGUAAAAAGAUCUCUGAUUAUAUUUGUAUAUAAUAUGAGCUAUAUUACAUUUAAACUUUUUAUUUUAUUGAAAUUCGGUUUUUGUUUAUUGUGAGAUAUAUUUCGUAGCUAAUAAGAUAAUUUAUACAACAUAUUUUAAAAUGUCUUUUUAUUGUCUCUUCAUGUUUGUAACUCAUUACAAUUUAACGUUACCAUUAAAAACAUUACAAGAAUUUAAAGAAUAUGAUUAAAUGUUGGAAACAAAUAAGGAGUGCCGGAUACAUUUUGUAAGUCAUGUGAGCUUAUUUUGGUAUGAAAUUUCUAGCAAUAAUAAGAUUAUUGCUAUUUCUGGUGCAACUGUUGUAUCAAAUUUUGAUAGUGAUAGAACACAAAAUUACAAAUGCUGCUUUAAAAAGAUUUAUAUCAAAAGAUAUAGCAUUAAUGUUUACAGCACAGAAAAAAGUUGAUGGAAAAGAGUUUUUUAAAGAUACAUCUUUUUCGAAGUGUUUGCUAGGUAAAAAAAAUUAUGAAAAUAAUAAUUUAUGCAUAAAAAUUGAAAACUGUAAUCAAGUCAAAAUCUUAAUGUAUAUAUAAUACAAAUAUAUACAAGAAAAAUGUUUUUAAAUUAAAUAAAAGUGUAUUUUUUAUUUAUUUCCUAAUGUUUAAUAUCUAAGAAAAAAAAUAAAAAUAAAAUUUUAAGCUUCCCUAGCCUUAUGCAAUUGGCAGGAAAUAGUGAGAAACACUAGCUAGUUUCUGGAUAGAUUAUAUAUUUUGGGGCAAGGAUGCAGAAAGUUACAUAUAUAACUCUGUACUAGCCAUUUUUUCUGAAUAGAUACUAGACAGAAUCUAGAAGAACUGUCCAAAACCUAGCUAUAUGCUAGGUAAAAUUUUUACACGGAGUUUAUCAGCAGUACCGAUUAACUCCACGUGCGUCUGAGUCGUGGCAGCGCGAGAAUUUUUACACACCUGUUUAAAUUGCGUCUCACAUGUGUCACAGCGAUUCGUUAAGACACACCGCGUGAUGGUUACAAUUGCGCGAUAUUCCUAAAUAAAUGGUUUUGUAUAAUUUCUGUAAUUACUUUGCUCAUUUGGUUAUCGUAUUGACUUUUAGCAUUAUCUCGAUUACUUAAUAAAUCGAGAUAAUGCUAAAAGUCAAUACGAUAACCAAAUGAGCAAAGUAUUUACAGAAAUUAUACAAAACCAUUCAUUUAGAAAUAUCGCGCAAUUGUAACCAUCACGCGGUGUGUCUUAACGGAUCGCUGCGACACGUGUGAGACGCAAUUUAAACAGGUGUGUAAAAAUUCUCGCGUCGUUACGACUUAGACGCACGUGGAGUUAAUCGUAAUUGUUGAUAAAUGAACGAGACAUGGAAUUAAAAAACUAAAUCGGAAGACGAGGUUAUCGCGCAAUUUAUGAACAUUAUAAAGGAAAAGAUCGUUUCGAAAUAGCCAUUAUGUAAUUGUGUAAUGACCGUGACAUAAUUGCGAGAAACAUUUUUGUUUCCCGAUAAAGAACGAUAAAGAAAAACCGCAAACCAUUUUAAACUUAGAAAAUUGAUGACCUUGCACAAAAAUGCGAGACUAUUUGGAGAUGUUUAAUAAUACUAUAUUAUUACACAACUAUUAUUUGUACUUACAAAAUUUAAGAUUUAUAAUGUAAAAAAGUAAUUGAUUCAGCAUAAUGUGUUAUGGGCUGUCAACUACAGAUAUAUCAGUAUAAUAAUUUAUGUUAUUGCAAUAUUAUAACGCUUUAAUUUAAUCGAGACCGUUGUAUUUGCAUUAACAGCAAAUUUUAUUGUAUUGAGUAUAUCUGUAGUUGAUAAUCC